AUGUUCAAACUAGAGUGUCAGAUUGAGAAACAAAUUGUCAAGGUACCAGUAAUAUCUUUGAUGAAGUUAAAAAAAAAGACAGAUUACUUAGAAAAGGGUUUUGACAAAAUAAAAGAGGACUACCUGAGAUUAGAUACUGGUAGAUGUAGAAUAGCUGAAGAUCUCAUCAAAGAAGAAAGAGAAAAUAAUGACAUGAAAACGAAACUUACCGACAUUCAAUGUCGAGCCAUGAAUUACAACCUGAUUUUCACAGGGUUUCCGGAACAUAGAGACGAAAAUAUAGAAGACAAACUACGACGUUUCCUAUACCAUGAGAUGAAAAUUGAUCAGCGUAUUGAAUUCAACAACGUGCAUCGUUUUGGGAGGAGAUCGGAAAAUGGUAAAAGACCCAUUGUUGCGAAGUUUGUAUAUUUCUCUGACUUAGAAAUGGUGAAGAAAGCAGGAAAACACUUGAAAGGAUCGGAUUACGGUGUCAAUGAACAAUUUCCACCCGAAAUAGAACAGAGACGGAGACGUUUAUAUCCGAUUAUGAAAGAGGAGAGAAGAAAAAAAGCAAAGGUUGUGCUUAACCGAGAUAAGUUAUACGUUAAUAAUGAACUAGUAAAUCCAGAUGUAUACGAGUCGGAGAGUACGCAUGUAGAUCCUCGUCAAUCAACUUCAAGGCCACAAAAACGCCCAAGGGUACAUUCUACACCAGAGAGAGAAGACACGCCUGAUCACAGAUAG